UAUUGAGUACGAGCGUAGUGUAUGGAAGGGAUAUAGUAAACGAUGGCAGCGCACGGUGUGGCAGAAUUGUGUAACAAAAGGGGUUAGUGAAACUUGUCAAACGCUGUUUUGAAAAUGGGUCAUUAUUCUUGUUGUGUUAUAAACUGCAAAAAUACCAGUGGAAAUAGUCAGUGUAAAUUCUAUAUUUUUCCAAAAGCAGCCUGGAAAAUAGAUCAAAGAAUUAAAUGGAUAGCUGCAGUUAAAAGGAAAAAUGAUGAUGGAUCGCCAUGGCAUCCAAAACCCGACGACAAAAUAUGCAGUGAUCAUUUCAUAGGAGGCAAAAAAUCAGACGCGCAAGCAAGUCCAAGCUAUGUGCCCAUGAUACUACCCAAAGUAUAUCGGAAGAGGAAGGUUAACGAGCCACAUGUACAAGCUAGAUAUACACGCCUGAUUAAACGAAGAACCACAAAAGCUGCAGCAGAUAUCUUGGAAGUCUCGGAUACCACAACAAAUGAAAUAAUAAUGGAAAUAGGAAAUCAAACUCAACCUCGUCUGGUGAAUCAAGGAUGUCAAGUUAAUAUCUUUUCUGAAAUCAAUUUAUGGGAAACAACCUUUAUUUGCAAUAGUUUUAUUUACACUGAUCACUGUGAUGCUGAAAUUCAAGUAGAUAUUGCAACAACUACAAAAAUUGUAACAACAACUAAUCCCAGAAAAAAAGAUAAAAGCUGUUGCACCAACAAAAAAUCAUUUCAAGACCAGUCUUCUGAAACUACAAGCCGAGAAUUUGCUGGUAUCUCAUCAAUAAAAAAUGACUAUGAACUGCUAGAUCUUGCUGGCGUGUCAUUCAAUAAUUUCGAUUUUUUACUAACCAAAUUAACUGUGACUAAAUGUACAGUUUCAAUGAAAGACCGGCUUCUAAUAUUUUUAAUGAAAAUGAAAACUGGCUUAACAUUUUCAGCUUUGAGUGUGUUAUUUGGUAAACACAGAACAACUAUCUCACGAAUUUUUCAUUCAAUCUUAAAAAAUUUAGCUUCUGCAUCUGCUAAUUUGGUAUUUUGGCCUACUAGGGCUGCAGUACAGGGAACAAUGCCAGAAUGUUUCAGUCCAGAUUACACCAAUACAAGAGUAAUUAUUGACUGCACCGAAUUCAGAAUAGAAGUACCAUCAGCAGUGGAUGAUCGUGUUGCUUGUUACUCCCAUUACAAAAAAAGUUUCACUGCAAAAGUUCUUAUAGGGGCUGGAAACUUAUUUCAUGUUUUACACUCUCAAAACCAGUUUUUAUAAUCACAUCCAUGUUCUCCUUAAUUGUUUUUAACAUAUAUCUAUAAAAACACUAUUUAUUGUCUUUCUAUAUAUUUACUUUAUUUAUUUUAGAACAAUAAACAUUAUGCACUUGUCAUUCACUGUUUGACAUACUCCCCUUUUGUUGCGUUUACAUGGUGGCGCUGGUGUCGUGCACGUUCCGU